AUGCCAUUGCGCCCGCGGUGGAUCCUCACGCUCCCUCUCCGCCCACGCACGGCGGAGCGGAGGCGGACGUUCGCGACAGCGGUCCCAGGCCAUGGGCGACCAGUGCCGCAGACAGUCAUCGAGAAGGUGAUACAGCGCUAUGCGGUCGACCUCCCUCCAGGAAAGGCUGUCAAGGCGGGAGACUAUGUGAUGAUUCGCCCCGAGCAUGUGAUGACGCAUGACAAUACGGGCCCGGUCAUUUCCAAAUUCAACUCAAUUGGUGCUACACGAAUCAAGGACCCCUCACAGCUCGUAUUCACCCUCGACCACGACGUGCAGAACAAGACGUCCAAAAACCUAUCCAAAUACGCCUCUAUCGAAGCUUUCGCCAGAAAAUACAGCAUCGACUUCUUCCCUGCAGGUCGCGGAAUUGGCCAUCAGGUCCUUGUCGAGGAGGGUUACGCAUUCCCGCACACGCUGACUGUCGCCAGCGACAGUCACAGCAACAUGUACGGUGGUGUUGGCUGUGUGGGCACUCCGAUCGUGCGCACCGAUGCUGCGGCGCUCUGGGCGACUGGAAAGACGUGGUGGCAGGUCCCGCGCAUGGUCAAGGUAGAGUUCAAAGGCAAGCUCGCUCCUGGGGUCACUGGGAAAGACGUUAUCGUCGCGCUCUGCGGGAGCUUCAAUAACGAUGAGGUUUUGAAUGCGGCUAUCGAAUUCACUGGUGAAGGUGUCUCUGCUUUGACUGUGGACGACCGUCUAACGAUUGCGAACAUGACGACGGAAUGGGGCGCCUUGGUGGGCGUGUUUCCCGUGGACGACAUUCUUCUGAAGUGGUAUGAGCUUGCUUUGAAACGGCUAGAGCUACGUACGUUCUCCUCGCCGGAGAGUUCCCUGUCGAUGUACAUUCCCCCGCCACCAGAACACCCUCGGAUCAACCGCCGUAGACUAGAUGAGCUCCGUGAAACACCUCUAGCUUCAGAUCCAGGCGCCACGUACGCCUCGCACCUCAUCUUCGACCUUUCCACGCUUGUUCCGCACGUCUCUGGCCCUAACAGCGUCAAGGUGUCCACACCACUUCCCGCGCUCGAGUCCCAGCGCAUUGGUAUUCAAAAAGCAUACCUUCUCAGCUGUACAAAUGCUCGUCUUUCCGAUAUCGCUGCUGCCGCUGCGGUCAUGCGCGGACGCAAAGUUUCGCCUGGCGUACAGUUUUAUGUCGCAGCCGCUAGCUCCGAGGUCCAACAGGACGCCGAGGCACUCGGCCACUGGCAAACACUCGUCUCCGCCGGCGCACGCGCGUUACCUGCAGGCUGUGGCCCAUGCAUCGGGCUCGGGACUGGCCUCCUUGAGGACGGCGAGGUGGGGAUCAGUGCAACGAACCGGAAUUAUAAAGGCCGCAUGGGCAGCCCGCGCGCGCAGGCGUACCUCGCGAGCCCCGCCGUCGUCGCUGCGAGCGCGGUAAAGGGGUACAUUUGCGGGCCGGACUCGCUCAAUCCCGCGCUGCUCCCACCCGCGGGCGCGCCGACGUUCUCAAUCGCUGCAUUGCCCGCCGAGGAACCGGACGCGCCGACGACAGACGCAGUGGGCGCGGCGGUGCUUCCGGGCUUCCCGGGGACAUUCGCGGGGCCGCUGCUCUUUGCACCGCAGGACAACUUGAACACGGACGCGCUGUACCCCGGGAAGUACACGUACCAGGACGAUAUCACGCUCGCGCGACAAGCGGAGGUGGUGAUGGAGAACUACGACCCGACGUUUGCCGCGCUCGUCGCGUCGAUCCGUAAGGCGCAGGCGGCGGAGCAGGUUGGCGUGAAGCACGGCGUGGUGCUUGUGUCUGGAUACAACUUUGGCACGGGGUCGUCUCGUGAGCAAGCGGCAACCGCGCUCAAGUCGGCGGGCGUGCCACUGGUGAUCGCAGGCUCGUUUGGAGACAUCUUCAAACGCAACGCGAUCAACAACGGACUGGUGUGCGUAGAGUGCCCGUCGCUCGUCGCGGAUCUCACGCGGGAGUAUGCGAAAGACGGCAAACGCGGUGCCGGAGGGAAGGAGGGCGAGCUGACAGUCAACGAGGGUCUCAAUGUCAAUGUGAAGGUUGCAAAGGGCAGAGUGGAAGUGUCGUGGCCAAGUGGCGAGAAAAAGACAUACAGUGUGGGCGUUGUGGGAACGAGUGUGCAGGAGCUGUGGGUAUGUGGUGGACUGGAGGGGUAUGUCCUCAAGUCCAUCCAGGCGGAGGCUUGA